ACGUCAUCAAACCGGAACCACGCCUACCCACGUCAUUUUGUGCCGCCCAUUUUUUUGACACUGGGAAAAAUGGCGAUGAAUCUUUUACGGUUUUCCCUGCCAGCCAACAUCAGGAAUGCUGGGUUACUGGGCCGUAAGAAACAGCAUCUAAACAGGACGAUAAUAACCCGGAAUGUGGUUUCGACGUCGUCGGGGGCGAUCCUACCGAAACCAGAAAAAACGCCCUUCGGUCUCGUUCGCAUGACUGCCGUGGUGGUGCCGUUCCUCUACGUGGGAACUCUUAUCAGCAAGAACUUUGCCGCCCUCCUUGAGGAGCACGACAUAUUCGUCCCUGAGGAUGACGACGACGACGACUGAACUGUCUUGUGCGAAACGUUCCUGCGACUUUGUGCUGCAUUGUUGCGUGGAAGAAUAUCAUAAGGCCAAAGGAAAAUGAGGAAGAUGAGGCGCUUAUCCUUCUAGAUCCAGCCAUCUACCUCUGCCCAUCUGCCUCCUCUGUCCUCUGCUGUUUAUCUGUCAACCAAACAAAUUUCAAGAAUUCUCAUAUCAUGUGAGGCUUGUAUCAUUCGAAGCAUUCAUUUUUGUUUGCAUCUUGCGAACUCAUUAAACUGAGUCAAUACAAUAUGAAA